AGCUAUUUCCGCACACGAUCCUCUCGUCAAAAGUGAUACAAAGGAUGGACAAAUUUACGACUCGUUCACAACUUCUGUAUAAAUUUAUAUGUGGAUACUAAAGCACCUUAUACUGAUCUCAGUUUUCGGGAUUUAUCCAGUCUUCUGUGAUGUAAAAAGUAGUCACCUUCCUACAAUAUGUCAUCAUGGUAUGAUAAACACUUCUGAAGUUGCAACUCAUGUGAUGUCUCCUAAUAAUCGACGAAUUAGUCGUCGUAGCGUACCAGCGGAAUUGAGAAUUCAUACUCACUAUGAUAGAUCGAUCAAAUCUCUUAGAAAUUUUCUCCAUAUCAAGAAGGAUAUAAUUGAAGUAGCAAUUAAUUUCUGGGAAGAUGCUCUUUUAUUACGUCAAUUUCAGACUUCACCUAGUAGGCUUACACUUGAAAGAGUUUGCGUUGACGGUCUCACGAAGCUCGAAAUGUUUAAUGAUCAGCUUUUAACUUUUUGUGCUAAUGGGUGUGUGGAGUGGACAAAAUGUGGACCUGUAAACAUUCCAGUAUCGCAUCUUAAUCAAUGUAGGUUUAUUUACAAUGGAACAUCUGUAAUAUCGGGUCAUAAAGGAGAAGGUGUAUAUCACGCUAACUUCAUACUCUAUAUUUCAUCUUUGGGAACCCACAGAUGUAAUACUGCAAAAGUUUUGGGUUAUGCUGCACAUUGUCAACUUGAAGCUAACACUGAUCGCCCUGUUGCUGGUUACAUCAAUUUUUGUCCAGGUACAUUAAGCCAUGAAUAUAGUGAUAAAAUGCGCUCACUGUUCGUCACAACUCAUGAGAUAUUGCAUGCACUGGGAUUUUCUACGAGUCUGUUUGCAUUCUAUCGGGAUAAGCAUAAUCGGCCACUGACACCUCGUGAUCCAACUACACUUAAACCUGCAUUUGGUUGGUAUCCAGGAAAAAAAGGUCAAGUAUAUCAAUGGAGUGAUAAGGUGGUUCGAACAGUUAACCGUACUUGGUUAAGCGCUUUUGGAACUUUUCAAAAAUUGGCUCACAUUGUGGUUUUACCGACAGUUGUAAGCGUCGCUCGAAAAUUCUUUGACUGCUCAACUCUUGACGGUGUGGAGCUAGAAGAUGAAGAUGAAGAUGGAGUGUUUUUAACUCACUGGGAGAAACGUUUGCUUGAGAAUGAUCUUAUGACGGCUACAUUCACCAAUUCAUAUCGUAUUUCACCGAUCACCCUGGCAAUGAUGGAAGACACUGGAUGGUACUUAGCGAACUACGCAUUAUCUCAAUCUUUCAGUUGGGGGAAAGGUAAGGGUUGUACUUUUGCCACCGGCAGUUGUUUAGAAUACAUGUUACAGCAAAAUAAUCGGGGUCAAUCAAUCUCACCAUUCUGUCAACAAUUACAAAUUUCUUCAGGUUUAAAAAAUAAGAACAGUGGAUUACAAGUUAGCUGUACACCCGAUGGAGAAAGUUAUGGAUUUUGUAAUCUUAUUGAAUACUCUAAACCACUGCCUAACAAAUAUGUAUAUUUUGUCGAAAAAAAUUUCUCAGUGUUUCAGUCCAACAAUAAGAUCAAUUUAGGCACCGGUAGCUUUGAUAAUGAACAUCCUUUGGUUAAAAUAGGUGGCAAAAUAGCUUUGGCUAACUACUGUCCAUACCACCAGGAAAUAGAGUGGGAAGAUAAUGGAGGUAAAGCAGUGGCUAACACUCAUUGUCAUGCACCAACUAAUCUUCUAGACCCGCAUAAUAACUUCAAACUUGAACGAUUUGGUAUGAACUCUAUAUGUGUAGAACAUAGCUCCAAGUGGCAUUUAACAAAUGAAGAUUCAUUAUUUGUACCACCAGUGGAAGGUGCUGGCUGUUAUACGUUUCGGUGUUCUCCGAGUGAAGGAGGUCUAGUGCUGGAAAUGGCUGGGGGUAUAUCAGUUCCUUGUGGAGUCACAGGAAAACUUAGUGAAGUUAAUGCUUGUCUAACAAAACAAAGUCUUACUGUGAAUGGAAAACUCACUUGUCCAGAUUGUAGAAUUCUCUGUCCACUAUCGGAGUGCCCACAAAUCUAUUCAAAGUCAUCAGAAAAUAUAGCACCCAACAGAUCGGAUUUUUCUCAUUCCUACUCCGUUUUAUCUACAUUUUCCACAAACAUGUUCAGUCCUAAAUCACGAACUAUACAUUAUCACUAUUCUUGGUUAGAUAUUAAUGAAACUAAGUCUAUUGUUGAGAAUCCCAUGUACAUAUUUGAAGGUUCUAAAUUAAAACGAGGUGUUGUUAUACAACAAGCUAUUCUACCUGGUCGAUGUUUAGUAAGUAUGGCGUGCUUACCUCUUUCUUCGUCACCAUCUCUUUACUUAUUUGUUGUGAUGUUAUCUUGGUGCUUUUACGUGUAGGUUUUUAUGUCUCUUUGAUUCGCAGAAAGAUGUAUUUCUGAUUUCAAUUAAACAGUUAUCUAACAUUUUUACAACGAAACAUUUUGAAUAACACACAACCUUCUCUUCCCGGAGUACUUUUUUCUUAUAAUGUAAACAGAAUAAAAGUCCUUUUUGUAUAGAAGUGAAUGAAUUCCACAGAAUAAUGCGAAAGGUAAUGUAGGUAAAUAAUUGUACUUGUAUGUGUGCAUAUGCGUGUGCUCAAAUAAAAAAAAUAUAUAUACAACAUGAAAACUAAGUUCAUACUAUCUACCGUCUUUAUUCCCUUCAUAAUCUACAAAGAAUCUUUAUCACAGAAAUAUAAUUAUUAGAAAGAAAAAUAAUGCUGAUAAUUUAAUGAACAUGUGUUCACAUCACAUCUAUGAUAAUCUCAAUUAAAGGUUUUAAAAUUUCUCGAUAGUUCUAUUAAUUUACUGACAGAAAAUCUGAUGUAUCAGUUUCAUUCACCGCAGAUAAGUAAGCUUAUUUUAGUUAUUGAAAAAGUGAUUUUCUUUUUCACCCCCUUAUCGCAAUCAAAAUAGUAAUACUAUUCAUAUUAUUAUUAUCACUAUUAUUGUUGACACUACUAUCACUGCUACCGUUAUUCAUGAGAGUAAUUACCUCUCUCCUAAUUUAUGUCUGUGCUAUGUUUAAACAUGUUUAUCAUGCAUUUUUCUACACUGACCAACACAUUUAUUGAUAUUUAUAGUUAGUUGGUUGAUAAUAGUAAUACAAAUUCAUUGAAACACUUAUCACUAUGUCUUGCUUCAAUCGACUUUAUAGACCAAUAAACAAUAUGAUAUUAUAGCCGCCUGAAUAUUUACAGAAUUAGGAGUAAGAGUGAUAAUGAUGGCAGUAUUGGCAGAAUUAGCAAUAAUACCCUAUAUGCAAACUUUUGCUUGAAAAUCUGAUUAUUCAUUUUCUCCAUUCAUUUGGGUUGUUGUGAGGGUGAGUUGAGUAUAUAU